AUGAGUGAUACGGAGGUUUGCCAGGACGAGUUGCAUCGUGAAAAGGGACUUAGCCGUAAGGAACGAAAAAAGCAGGAAAAAUUGGAGAAGCAGCAUGAGGAACUACGUCUUCUUGGUGAACGGGCAAACAACGUAAAUAAGGAAGGUGAUAACCCAUUUUCUGUCUCUUGGGAGCAUGAUCAGAUUCCUGAGGGUUCUCGGAACAUUUCUUUAAAGAAAGUUUCAGUUUCAGUGAAUGGUAAAAUACUUUUCAAUGAUACAGAUGUCAAACUAUCAGCUGGUUCACGUUAUGGUCUUAUGGGUCCCAAUGGUCGAGGUAAAUCAACCAUCCUUCGUUUGUUAAGUUCACGGGAGUUGCCUGUACAAUCUAAUCUUGAUCUCCUUUUGGUAGAGCAAGAGCAGGAGUUUCAUGCGUCUGAUGUAAGUGCAGUUCAGGCUGUAAUGGAUAGCCAUAAAAAGCAGAAAGAAUAUAUGAUGGAAGCUGCCAGUCUGCGCGAAAAGCUAGAGUUAAGUGAAGAGGAGAUGCUUCGACUCCAAUUUUUAGAGGAAGAAUUGGAUGUAAUGGGUGCCUCACGGGCGGAAGCUCGUGCUCGAACGAUUUUAUUCGGUCUUGGAUUCCCUACAGAAUGGCAUGAGCGGCCGACCAAAAGUUUCAGUGGUGGAUGGCGUAAACGUAUUGCUUUGGCGUCCGCGGUUUUUAUUGAACCGGAUGUACUCAUGUUGGAUGAGCCUACUAACCACUUGGAUUUAAAUGCUGUUAUUUGGUUAGAGUCUUAUCUUUGCGAACAUUACCGCGAGACGGCACGUCGACCAAAGACAUUAAUAGUUGUCUCACAUGAUGCUGGUUUCCUUGACGAGGUCUGCACACACAUGGUUCAUGUGGAAAAUUACCUUCUUAAUUACUACCGUGGUGGGUUUAGUGGUUUUGAUGAACAGUUGCAACAACGUCAUCAAGAGCUUGAUAAGAAGUAUGCUGCUGUUACCAAAACUAUAAAGGACAAGAAACGCAAUGGUAUGUCAAACGCACAGGUAGAAACUUGGAUUAAAGAUCAAAUCCGUACGGGUCGACUAGAUCCAUUGUAUCUUGAGAAACGUCGUGAUUAUAUUGUUAAUUUUCCCUUUGCUGAACCUCCUGAGCUUCCAGAUGCUUGUAUUGUAAAACUAGAAGAAGUUUCCUUCAAUUAUCCAGGAGGUCCAGUACUUUUUGAAAAUGUUAAUUGCGCUCUUUGGACAGAUAGUCGUAUUACAUUAUGUGGCCCUAAUGGUAUUGGUAAAAGUACGCUACUUAACUUGAUGACAGGUGAACUGGAACCCACUGGUGGUAUGGUAACUAUGAAUCGAAAGGUUCGUGUUGGUCGCUACAAUCAACAUUUUGUGGAUAAACUUCCUUUGGAAAAAACUCCAGUGGAAUACAUUCAGUCUCUUGGUAUACAUGAAGAGGAUAAGGCUCGUCGUCAGUUGGGAAGUUUUGGUUUGGAAGGUAUUGUACAUAAAAAUCAGAUUGCCACACUCAGUGGAGGACAGAAGGCACGUGUAGCGUUUGCAGCUAUUAGUACAGAAAAACCUCACUUUCUUCUUUUUGAUGAACCAACAAAUCAUCUGGAUGUGGAAUCUAUUGAGGCACUUUGUUCAGCUAUUAAAAAAUUUAAGGGUGGCGUUUUGGUUGUUACACAUGAUGCCCGUCUAAUUGAAGAAACAAAUAUGCAGAUUUGGGAAGCUGGAAAUCGCACAGUUACUCCAUUUAAUGGAACACUUGAAGAUUAUAAGAGUAAAGUUCGAAAGAUCUUUGAGCAGGAUGAAAUGGAGAUGUUGCGAGAACGGAAGCAGGCUAUGGAAGAAAAGUUACUGAAUAAUCGACUUGCACGACAAGUUGGUGAGAAAAGCUUGGAAGAGGUGAAGCGAGAAGAAGAAGCAGAACUAAAGAAGAAACAAGCGAUGGAUGUAGACAUGGCAUUUGAUGCUUUUGAUAGGAAAAAGAAAAAAAAGGAUAAAAAAAAGGAAAAGGUAGCUAAAGGCGAGUAA